AUGAAGUUCCGGCCUUGCAUCGACAUCCACGCAGGCGUCGUCAAGCAGAUCGUGGGCUCAACGCUCUCCGACCGCCAGGACGCCGCCGGCCCUGUCACCAACUUCGUCUCGACUUUGAGCGCCGCGGAUUAUGCCACCAUGUACCAGCGCGACGGUCUGCGCGGCGGCCACAUCAUCAUGCUUGGCGCCAGCGAGGCCAAUGAGGCGGCGGCGAAGAGUGCACUGGCGGCCUUUCCGCACGGCAUGCAAGUGGGCGGUGGCAUCACGGCCGAGAAUGCGCGUAUGUACCUCGACGCAGGCGCGAGCCAUGUCAUCGUGACGUCGUACGUAUUCCGGAACGGCCACAUUGACAUGGCGCGACUUGCGCAACUUCGCGACGUCGCGGGCAAGGACCGAGUGGUCUUGGACUUGAGUUGCCGCAAGAAGGAAGAUGGCCGCUUCUAUAUCAUGACCGACCGCUGGCAAGUCUUUACCGAUGUCUUCCUGAGUGAAGAGCUUUUGCGUGAACUGGCGCAGUACUGCGACGAGUAUCUCGUGCAUGCGGUCGACGUCGAAGGCAAGCGCUGUGGUAUUCAGGAAGAGCUCGUUGACCUUCUCGGACGAUGGUCGCCAAUUCCCGUGACAUACGCGGGUGGUGCACGCUCGCUGGACGAUUUGGGUCUCGUCGAACGUCUCGGCCACAACAAGGUCGACUUGUCCAUUGGGAGUGCUCUGGACAUCUUUGGCGGAGACAUCCCGUACGCCACAGUCGUUGCGUCGUCGAAGCAGUAG